UCAUUCUCCUCCCCUUCUCUGCUCACGCAUUCUUCCAUUGCUCUCUUCCAAUUCGCCAUCUGGGGUGCCUUGAUUUUCUCGGAAAAUUCUCAUUUUCCGAGAAAGUUCGCAUCUUUACUGUUGAAUCUUGAAUUCCCGAACUGGGGUGUCUGAAAAUCAGAGCUUUUGUUGUUGUUAGCUGCUGGGGUUAGUCUCUGUGGAGGUUUGGGGUGUUUUCCGAGGCAGGCUGACUCUCAUUUUGCUCCAAUGGAAAUGCAGGAUCAAAUAGAAAACACAAGAUCAACCAUAUCAGGCUCAGCUAGUAACUGCCAUUCAAAUGCUGGAAAACAAUCUGAAAAUGUUGCUCAUGUACCUUCUGUCGGAAACGGCCAUGCUCCCAAGGUGAGGAAACCAUAUACCAUUACUAAACAAAGGGAGAAGUGGACAGAGGAAGAGCAUCAAAAGUUCCUUGAAGCUUUGAAAUUGUACGGUCGAGGGUGGCGCCAAAUUGAAGAGCAUAUAGGUACCAAAACAGCUGUUCAGAUUCGAAGCCAUGCUCAAAAGUUUUUCUCUAAGGUUGUUAGGGAAUCUGAGGGAAGUGCUGAGAGUUCUAUACAGCCAAUUAACAUACCUCCUCCUCGGCCUAAGAGAAAACCCCUCCACCCAUAUCCUCGAAAAUCAGUUGAUGCUUUCAGAGGACAUGCCAUACCAAAUGAAACUGAAACAUCUCAAUCCACAAACCUGUUGGUUGCAGAGAAAGACACCCCAUCUCCGACCUCUGUGCUAUCUACGGUUGGUUCGGAAGCAUUUGGGUCUGCAUUUUCAGAGCAGAAUAACAGAUGCCUUUCGCCAAACUCUUGCACAACUGAUAUUCACUCCGUCAGCUUGUCACCUGUUGAAAAGGAAAAUGAUUGUAUGACAUCCAAAGCAUCUGAGGAGGAAGAAAAAGGAUCUCCAGCUUCAGUUCCUUUAUCCAUUGUUUCUGACCCAAACAUGUGCAUGAAGCCCGAAUUUAGUUCCAAGGAAACUGAAUAUGGUAUAGAUGAUUCGGCCAAUAUGCCACAAACCACUAGUAUUAAGCUUUUUGGAAGAACGGUAUCUAUGGUAGACAAUCAGAAGCCGCAGAACAUAGAUGACAACGGUAAGGCAAUAAUAACUGUUAAGUCUGAUGAAGUGGAUGAUGCUGGGAAUGAGAAGCCUGGCCAAUCAACAGAGCAAGUAGAUACACAAUUAUCACUAGGCUUGGUUGGUGGCAACUGGUCCAUAACACCUGAUUCUGAUGGAGCUGAUCGCAGCGAAGAGCCACCGAAGGAGAACGUGUGCCUCAGUGAAUGUGUACCAGAUGCAUCUUUUCCACAGUGGAGUUUGUACCAAGGCCUCCCAGCUUUCUGUGUAAGCCCAUGCAAUCAGAUCCUAAAUCACAUGCCUCUUAGGCCCUCUUUGAAAGUAAGAGCAAGAGAGGAGGAAAGUUGUUGUACUGGUUCCAACACAGAAUCAGUUUGUGACAUGGAAAACCAAGGCAAGAACUCAGAUGCUGUUGAUUCUAAGUGUGAAAAAUAUGAAGGGGAAGGAGCUGCACCCCAGAAGCCUGCAAGAGGGUUUGUUCCAUAUAAAAGAUGUUUGGCCGAAAGAGAUGGAACUUCUUUAAUUGCGGCCUUGGAAGAGAGGGACGGGCAACGAGCUCGUGUGUGCUCAUAGCCUUCCAUUCCAUUUUUAGAAGAUUCAUAAUCAUGGUAUUAGAGGAAAAAAAAAACUGAGAAAUAAGGACCAGAUUUAGGUAGCUGUGAUCUAAUUGUCUAAUUGACAAGCAUCUGAUUUCCAAUUCUUUUUUCCAACAAAUUUCUUCUUCCACGUGAAAACAUUUCAUGUCCAAUAAUUCAUGCGGGGGCUGGUGGCAUUAUUUGUUCUGGUUUGUAUCGUGUUACAGUUACUUUAACCAAAUAGACACAUAGCAGCAAGUCUGUAAGUUAGUUUUAUUACUACUAUUUGCAUGUCUUUCUAGUUGCAUGUUACACAUAUCAGUGACACACAUCAGUGACGAGGGUGUACCAGGGAAGCUUGGACAAGCAUCGCAGGUCAAUGAACAUCAUAUUAUUUCUUCUGACAAAAGGAUUGCCUCUGGAAAGCAUAUUGUGUCUAUGUAUUAAGCUUUGAGAGAGUCAUGUAUUUCGGAUUUUCUUAAUGUAUCAUUCUUUUUAGUCACAGAUUAUAAACAUUGUUUCUUCAUUGUUGAA